UAAUGACCUCUCAUAGUGGGUUUGGAGCUAAGACUGAUGCGAACGAAGUCUUGGAGGCUUUCCCACAUGGAGUCAAGGGGAAAGUAGUGCUUAUCACAGGCGUGAGUCCUAAUGGUCUUGGAGCGCAGUUGGCUGAGUCGAUAGCCACUCAGUCGCCCAAACUUCUGAUUUUGACGGGUCGCACAGCGUCGAAAGUUGAGGCUGUCGCACAGGGUAUCAACACACCUGAUGUUGAGAUUCGUGUCGUCCUGUUCGAUAUGUCUUCUUUCGCAUCCAUUUCCAAGGCCACGGAAGAGAUAAACGAGUUUUCCGGGCCAAGCAUCGACAUCGUCUUCAAUAAUGCGGGAGUCAUGAACAUUCCCGAGCGCAAGUUGAGCGUAGAUCGCUUCGAAAUGCACCUCGCUACGAACUAUCUUGGUCUAGCUCUGUUCACCAACAACAUUCUACCUAAGAUCAAGAACAGCGAGGCAGGGCGCAUCGUCAAUGUUGUCAGUAUUGGACACAUAAUCUCUCCCUUCCGUUUCUCCGACUACAAUUUCGAUGGCGUCGAGACUCUUCCCGAUGACGAGCAGCCAUCGAAGGAAGGAUGCGCGAUGUUCGGUAUUCCGAUCAGCUUCGGCUACGUUCCCCCCAUCGCAUAUGGCCAGUCCAAAACCGCUGGUAUCCUGUACACCCAGAAAUUAGCGGAGAAGCUGAAGGAUAGCAACGCGACAGCGAUCUCUGUUAUGCCUGGAGUCAUCGCUACCGACCUCUGGCGCGAAAUGCCUGCGGAUGAAGUCCAGGGUCUUUUCAGUGGACUUCCCAUGAAGUCGCUGUCCCAAGGCAUCUCUACCCUACUCGUGGCUGCUCUAGAUCCCAAGAUGAAAGAUAAUGGCGGAGCAUACCUGGCUGAUUGCCAGGUCAGCGACGUCGCACCUUUUGCUAAAGACAAAGCUGCCGCAGAGAGGCUGUGGAGGUUGACUGGGAAGCUCGCCGGGGCCACGUUCAUGGUAUGA